AUGGGCAGGUACGAAGGACAACGUGAUAUGCUUUACAAUCAGACAUUCAAUCUAGACCAAGUUGCAUUUUCUGCUGAGGGAAUUAAGGAUGCUCAGCAAACAGAGUUUGAGGCAAGAUGGAUUGGGUGGGCUGGUGUUAAUGUGCCAAAUGAGGCCGGACAGAGGGCACUUACUAAAGCUUUGGCUGAAAAGAGAUGUAUUCAUGUAUUCCUUGAUGAAGAAAUUGUUCACCAAUGUUAUAAUGGCUAUUUCAACAACAUAUUAUGGCCUCUUUUUCAUUAUCUUGGACUUCUGCAAGAAGAUCGUCUCGUUACUACCAGAAGUUUUCAGUCUCAGUUUGUUGCAUAUGUGAAAGCAAAUGUAAUGUUUGCUGCUGUGGUAAACCAGCAUUACCAGGAGGGUCAUGUUGUUUGGUGCCAUGACUACCACCUCAAGUUCCUUCCAAAAUGCCUGAAGGAGCACAACAGUGAUAUGAAAGUUGGUUGGUUUCUCUACACACCCUUUCCUUCUUCAAAAAUCCACAAGACACUGCCAUCUCAAUCAAAGCUGCUGCAUGCUGUUCUUGCUUCUGACUUGGUUGGGUAA